UUCAUUGCUCGAUUGUUUCAGCAGUUUUCUGUUAUCACGUAACAUUUUCGUUCAACAUUUUGCAAUCUCGCUGGCGAUACAUAUACUCCAUAAUAAUUAUGGAGGGUAAGAAUUUCGCUAUCAGCGAUCAUUCUCGACAGAAUCGAGCAAUAUUCGACACGAAAGAUCUCGAGUUUAUCGGUAACCCUAACAAAGCUUGUCACGAAGUAUGCCUUCCGAUUAAAAUAAAGACCGAGAUCCUGGACGAGAUCGAAAAUUUUUCAGACGAGCUAGAUAUUGAACAGUACGUCAAGAACGAACCAUCAGAAGAAGCAUCGCGUCAUGAAAAUUCCGAACAGACUCCAAAAUCGGACUGUCAAAGAAAUGCAAGCGUUUCACUUUCGCAGAGAAAAAUGGACGAGUACACUGACUUAAAGGAAUACAUCGUGGCACUGACAAGAGGAAAGCUUUUAAUGUGCAACGUCUGCAGGAUCGAAUUUCCGAACGAGGUCGAGUUCAAGACUCACAUGAUUGGACAAAGCCAUGGAAAACUUUUCCAAUGCGGAUUUUGUUGGAAGCAAUUCUUUGGAUCGUCAACCUUAAAGAAUCACCUGCAUAUGCAUUUUAUUCCGAAGCCUUUCGCGUGCAGACAAUGCGAGCUCCAAUUUCAGACGAAACGUGCAUUGGAGAAGCACCAAUCUAAAGUACACUUUGGCAGAAGAACAUUUAAGUGUCCUGUCUGCAAGAAAAACUUGGUACACCAUCAAUCGUUGCGCGAUCAUAUGUUGAUGCAUAUUAAUGUGAGGCCCCACAAAUGUACGACCUGUGGCAAAAGCUUCCUGAGGGCCAGCAGCCUCCGGACCCAUAUGAUCGUCCACACCGCGGACUUGCCGUUCGCGUGCGAUCUCUGCCCGGCAAAAUUCAAGAGAUCGUCGGUGCUGAAGACACACCAGCUGACACACACGGGCGUGAGAAGAUUCGAGUGCGACAUCUGCAAGCAUCGUUUCCACCUGAAAGGCGCACUGAAACAUCACAUACUGGCGCAUUACGGUAUCAAGCCCUAUAAGUGUGAAGAUUGCGGCAAGAGCUACAGAAGAUCUUGGGGUUUGAAGGUGCACAGAUAUCGGCAUACCGGCAUAAAGCGAUUCGAGUGCGAUUUCUGCAAGCUGCGCUUCAGCGUGAAGACGAAGCUCGCGAAUCACAUUUACACACAUACCGGCGAGAAACCAUACAAGUGUCAUAUCUGCGGACGUCAGUAUGCUGAGAGAUAUCAGUUGAAGGCGCACAGAUGCACGGCAUUAUAUGGCAACCCGUUGAAAUUGAAAACUGCUUAAAUUUUGUUUCUUUUAUCGAAAAGUUUAACAAGAUUAAAUUAAGAUUAACCAUUAUGUUGAGUAUAUGAUACUGUACAAUGAAUAAAAAAAAUUUAUUGAAGAAUAUUGUACAACUGGUAAAUUUUGAUUUUUCGGUUAUGUAACCGAAUAUCGAAAUGAAUGGAUUGAGAUAACAGCACGAAUGUAGAAUUUGCAAAAAUUGAUCGAGAAUACAAAUAAAUCGAAAGAAUUUAGACAUAUCGCGAGUUUUACGGUACAAUUUUUAAGGCUAGAUACUGUCCGCGCGAUUAAAUUAAUUAUUGUCGGUCGCGAUUGCUUGUAAUAAAACUCGUUCCUCGGCUUGAUACAACGGCUGGUCGCCAUUUCAUUCGUGAUCAAAUCUACCAUCAUGGAUCCUAUCCGUGUUUGCAUGCCCGUGAAGUUUAAUAAGGCAUGGCCUUAAUAAGCACUUCGCCGCAGAACAAAACACCGAUUAAUCCCAGACUGGACCGAUACGGAUUGGUUUCGAGCUCGAAGCUGCCGACUCGCGCGGGAUAGGUCGGCUUAGGUUCGUCAUCAACUAUCGUAUAUAAUCACAGUCUUUAUUCGAUAUUGCUCGAACGUGACCGCCGGGAUCAUCGAACGGCGCAGCGAAAUUAAUGCAACUUUCGAAGACGUAACGCAGUCCUUUGGUAAUAAUUACUUACUUCGACGGCAUACACUCACGUUUCGUUAUAACGGCGUAAUCUACAUCGUACUUAGAUAUCCGGUAUAAUCGUUUACGUAACUUAUAUGAAGAAAAUAGAUUUUAUCGAUGGCGUCUAAAAAAAUUAAUUGCCUGUAUCUUAAUCUAAUAAAAACCCGCGUUGUCAGACACGUGAAAUAAAUCAUAUUGCGAUAUUCAUCUGUACUACUUUCUUAAUAGAUAAGUACUUUCAGCAGUAGUCAAAGUGCCACUUUUAUUUUAACCGUUUGCAAAUACUUAAACGAUUUAUUAGACAUAAACUUUCUGUAUGCAGAUACUGUGCAAUUAUUUAGGAUAUUAAUGCAGCGUUUCUUUAGCGACUGCCUCGAGAGUAUCUCGAGCACGUGGGUCCUGCUUAUGUCGCCGCACGUGAGAAUGGUGCUUUAAGGUGCGUGGACACAGCAGGGGCUCGUAUGCGGUACACCGAGAUGCUCCGCUUCUUAUCAGAUCGCAUCUCUGAUUCGCGUGUCUUGCGGCUAAACUCUUUGACAGUGCCGACACGUAUUUGCCUUCUGACCCCGUUUCUCUAUUUCGACGCGGUAGGAGGCAUGCAAAAAGAAAGUAUUUUCACCAUUUAAAUCGUACUUGUAAUAAUGGUGACUUUUCGAGAGAACAGCGCCAAUAUAUAAAGUGAAAUAAUGAGAUUUUUGAUAUUUGAAAUUUACUCGCGAAUCGAUUGUAUAUGCUACCAUGUAAAAUAUCAAUGAAAAAUGUCAAGCAUGUGUAAAUGAUUCAAUAAAUUUCAUGUAAGCAUAUCUUACGUCGAUGUAGUACAGAAGGCAAAAAUAAUAUGCUGAGUAUCAUCCUGUUUUUAAAAAUAGUAGUAUGUACCAAUAGCAAUUAAAUUCCCGUAGACGACAGUAAUUUCGUUCGCAAUAAUAAUUUAAUCGCCUGGG